UUAGUUUAAUAAACCUUUUUCAUUGCGCCCCAUGUGUAUUUUAGCAGGCCUGUUUGUUAACCUUUCUCAUGUUCAUUGUCCGAAUGUAAAAAAACCAGGAAACUAGGGUUUCUUAUUCCUCACAAACUUCGAAUUUUCACAGGAAAAUUUUCUGCUGAUCAUCUAGCGUUUUCACUUCUCUCCAAUUUUCGAUUUUUCUGGUGCAUGAAUGGAUGACAUGGAGGAUGAUGCCAGGUACCCACAAAAACCCUACUCGUUCAAUCGCCAAAAGCUUCCUUCUUAUCCCCACCGAGCGUCCGGUCGUUACGUAGACGAUCAAUUCGGCAAGUACAAUGAACAGAACGACCCAGAUGAAUACGAUAUAGAUGAUGAAGAUGACGAUGACGACGAAGACGAGGACAACGAUGCGUCCCCAAAUGUAUAUAGCCACAAUUUCGAAGGGAGCCACGAUUUCAGGCGAUACCCAAAGCGGCAAAGACUGAAAAACUCGGCAGAGAACUACCAAUUCGUGGCGAGAAACACGAAAUCAUCCUUCGGGGAACGCAAUUCGGGAUCCAAUUGGAGCGAGGAUGAGGAGUUCGUGCUUUUAGAGGCGUGGGGAGACAAAUUUUUGCAAUUGGGGAGGAGGAGCCUGAGGUCAGAGGAUUGGGUGGAGGUGGCGGAAAAAGUAAGUGAAGAGACGGGGACUCAGAGAACAGAAGCUCAAUGUAGGAGCAUACUGGAUUCGUUAAAGAGAAAGUAUAAAAAGGAGAAAUCGAAAAUGGAGCAAAUGGGAACCAAUGGUAGCAAAUGGCGUUUCUUCAAGAAGUUCGACAUAUUGUUGGGGUUUUCAGGGAGAAAAGAGUGGAAUGGUGGUUUAGCUUGUGGUGUUGAUUCAGGGGAGUUUGUGUUCAUGGAUACACGUGUGUAUUUGGAGCGCGCAAAUGGGUUUGAUGAAAUGAGGGAUAGUCCAGCAGAUUCAGAAGAUGAGAUGGAGAAUGAGGACGAGGAUGGGCUUUCAAGUAAAAGGUGUGAGGAUUCGUCUUUAAGGGUGUUGGCGGAUUCAGUGCAGAAGUUUGGGGAAAUAUAUGAGAAGAUAGAGAGUAGUAAGAGGGAGCAUAUGCUGGAGUUGGAGAAGAUGAGAGAAGAUUUCCAUAGGGAGUUGGAGUUGCAAAAGAAGCAGAUUUUGGAGAAGGCUCAUGCCGAGAUUGCAAAAAUUAGGGAUGCCAAUGAUAAUGAUGAGGAUACAGAUGAUGAUUCUGCGCAGAAUCUCAGUGAAUAAUGCAACUCUAUAAAAGUUCUUGUGCCCCAGUUAAUUGUGAAGCUGUGAGGAAGAGAUGUUCAAUGUAUUUCAUGCCCGUGGAAUGACUUAGACUGUUGGAUCAGCUCUUUGACUCAUCUUCAUUUAUGUUGAUAAGUAUUUUAUUGAAUGGAUUUUUUUUCCCUCCAGCUUAUGUGGUUGACUGUGGCCCCAAGCUUAUAUUUGUUGGGUCUACAUGUAUAUACAUAUGCUUGGUGAAUUUGGAGUUGCCUGUGAAUCUGUGCAUGCUUGCAUGGCCAUGGAUGCACAUGCAUGCGCUGCAUUUUUGGGUUCAUGUGGCAUUAGUUUGAUGAGGUUCCUAAUCAUGGAGUAUGUUUCUGACUAUUUUGGAAUAUCCUUU